GUGUACAUAACAAUAUACAAAUUAUAUAUAUAUGUGUGCAUGUGUAAUCUAUAGGGAUAAUAUUAGAAAAAGUUUUCAGCAUUUUGAUUAUUCUUAUAAUAUUUUCCAAGAUGUUGGAAGGAAAAGCUGUGGUGCGUGAGACAGAUAUGACAGAGGCAAUGCAAAGCCAUGUUAUGGAGUUGGCUUACAAGGCCCUUGAUCUCCAUGAAGUUUCUGAUUGUCAAUCCAUUGCAAAUUAUAUCAAACAGCAGAAGUUUGAUGAAGUAUAUGGGCCAGCAUGGAACUGUGUGGUUGGUAAAGACUUUGGAUCUUGCAUUACCCACUUGAGUGGAAGUUUCAUUUUCUUUCAUGUGGAGAUGAUGGAGUUUCUUAUCUUCAAAGAUGGCAAGGACUUCCAUGAAACCAAGGAUGAAGCUAUUGGAGUUUUACACAUCAAUAAUAACAAUAAUAAGCACUAAUAAUAAUAAUAAUUAAGAUCCCUUCUUAUUCCUUUUCUUAAAUUUUAAUAUCUUACUACAGUUAAAACUUAACUCCAGUCCAGUCCAGUCCAGUCCAGUCCAGUGUAGGAUUUUUAAUGUCAUGUCAAUCAAUUCAGCAAUGGCAUGAUGACCCCAUUAUUUGAACAAA